AAUUUUUUUUUUUUUUUCCUGUGCCGUAUCACGAUAACAAAGAUAAUCAAGAUUCGGUCAAUCAUUGCGAAACAGCGCAACCGAACAUGGCCAACCAUAUCACAAAGCCAAAGAAGGCCAAGUCUAAGCGGACACCCGUCCGUCUACGACACAAAAUCGAGAAAGCAUCCGCCUCAAAGCAGCGCAAAGCGAGAAAAGAAGCGAAAAAGAACCCACAAUGGAAAUCCAAGCUAAAGAAAGACCCGGGUAUCCCCAAUCUAUUCCCAUACAAAGAGAAGAUCCUCCAUGAAAUUGAGGAUGGCCGACGAAGGAAACGGGAGGAGCAACAGCGAAGGAAAGAAUUAGCCAAGGCUGGAAAGACGGGCGCUACGGACGAGAACGAAGAUAAUGAGGUAGACGUUGAUGGUGCUGAAAAUGCCGAGGAUUUCGGUGGCUUCGAGGACGAUGCGAUGGAUGAGGAUGGCGCGGGUGACGAUACAAAUCCCAUGGCCGCACUUAUCGCAAGCGCAAGAGCUGCUGCUGAGAAAUACGAUCGCGAAUUGCAAAGUGGGGAUGAUAUGGAUGAGGACGAAUCAUCAGAUGAUGACGGUGAAUUCGAGGAUGGGGCUGUCGAGCGCGCUCAAUCUUCGUCUAGAAAAGCGCACGACAAGGUCUUCAAACAAGUUGUUGAUCAGGCCGACGUCGUGCUUUACGUCUUAGACGCUCGAGACCCCGAAGGAACGAGGUCAAGGGAAGUUGAGCGCAUGGUAAUGGCUGCAGCGAGCGGUGGAAAGAGAUUAAUUCUUGUUCUCAACAAGAUCGAUCUGAUCCCAUCCCACGUCCUAAAAGACUGGCUCACAUACCUACGACGAUACUUCCCUACGCUCCCUCUGCGCGCUUCUGGUUCUGCUCCUAAUGCGCAAACCUUCAAUCACCGCGAUCUUACCGUCCAGAGCACAUCAUCCACCCUCUUUAAAUCCUUAAAAUCAUUCGCUGCUUCCAAACAGCUCAAGCGCGCAAUAUCAGUCGGUGUCAUCGGCUACCCCAACGUCGGAAAGUCCUCCGUCAUCAACGCACUACUCUCGCGCCUAGGUGGUCGAGGCGCAGCUGCUUGUCCCGCAGGUGCCGAGGCGGGCGUUACGACGAGCAUCCGUGCCGUCAAAAUCGACAGCAAACUCACCCUUCUCGACUCCCCGGGUAUCGUCUUUCCCUCAUCCCCAGAAGGCUCUUCUUCGUCAUCAAAAAAGAGCGCUAUUGAAGCGCAUGCGCACUUAGUGCUCCUAAACGCUAUUCCGCCGAAACAAAUCGACGAUCCGAUCCCGGCUGUGACGCUGUUGCUUAAGAGGCUAUCUGCGUCACCGGUAUUGCUCCAGAAGUUGAUGGAUGUGUAUGAUCUCCCGCCGCUGCUAAGCGGCGAGGAUGCCGACGUCACGACGGACUUCCUCGUGCAAGUUGCGAGGAAACGUGGCAGACUUGGGCGCGGUGGUGUGCCGAAUUUGCCAUCGGCGGCUAUGACGGUCGUGACAGAUUGGCGGGACGGGCGUAUCCAGGGAUGGGUCGAUGCGCCGGUAUUACCGGUUGCAAUGACGAGUGAUGCUGUAUCCAAGGGCAAUGAAGAAGCGGGCAUGAUGCCAGAUCAGAAGGAGAUCGUUACGGAAUGGGCUAAGGAGUUUAAGCUUGAGGGGCUCUGGGGAGAUGAUGAGGGCGAGGCGAAAGAGGGCGACGCUAUGGAGCGUGAUUAAGUUGGUGAUUUAAUCCUUCGGUGGAAGUAGAGAGAUAAGAGGGACAUGAAAUUUCAGGAGUUCCGGGCUACGAAAAGGAUAUUAUGAGCAUGUUAAUGGCCAUAUGUAUCUACGUAGCGUAACGCAACAUAGAAACGGCUUACGUGAAUAUACCAAAUCAAACGCAGACAUGGUAUUACUUGUGAUGCUAAGAUGCGAUGAUAGGCCUCUGAGGGUCAGACUAGCAAGAGUAGAGGCGAAGUCAGGUCAAAUCAAGCCGACGCUCUCUUAAUCUGAAGAUGCGGG